AUGAGAUUCCUUUCGCUUUCCUCUGCUCUGACUGCUCUUGCUUCCCUCGCUGCUGCUGCAGACCUUACCACUUUCUCUCUUGUUAUCAACAGGGAUGGAGCAAUUUUCACCAAAGUUUUAACCUCCACUAUUGGAAACACUGAUGCCGGAUAUGCCCAGCAAUAUGUUACCAACACCAACAUCCACGUUUACACCGUCGGAGAUGCUCAGGCUUCCUCGUCUUUCUGGGCAUACAUUAACGGUGCUACCUCCACUGAAUCUUCCUCUACUGCUACCUCCACUGCCGUGACCACUUCCUCUACUGGGGUCACCUCUUCGGAAGUUACCUCUGCUCCUCAAUCCACUGAGGCUACUGCCACUACCUCCAGUGCUGCUGAGCUGACUACUGAGAGUGUUGUUCUGUACAAGAACAACCACGUCUUCACCAAGGUCGUCACCAACACCGUUGGCAUUAUCAACCCUGGCAGAGCCGCUGCCUCUGGAAAUACUAAUGUCCUGGCUUACACUAUUGGUGACGCCAGCGGUUCUGCUGCCUUCUACUCUGCUCUGUACGAGAAAACUGCUGCAGCUCAGUCUUCUCAGUACUCUAGCAGCCCUGCAGCUGUCUCUUCAAGAAGCUCUGCAGCUGCCUCUUCUAGUGCCAAAAUUGCUACUUACGAGGGUGCUGCUGCCGAGAAUGUUGCUAAGGUCGGCAUGGGUGCUUUGCUGUCGGGAAUGGCCGUUCUUCUUAUGUAA